AUGAGGAGAUUUUUGGUUGAUAGAGAAAAUAUUGAGAAUGUGAAUGUUGUGCAACCGGAAGCUGAAUUAGAGCCACUGAUUAAUAAUGUGAUUAAUGAGUUUAAUCCAAAUGAGAUUGUGCGUGAUCCAGGUCGUAGGAAACAAAUUAAUGAGUAUGCUCCGGAUAUUCAAGACCAAGUGAGGAGGGCAUAUAUAUUGAAGGGUCUAAUGCAACUAGAUUUGUCAAGCUUUCCUCGUACUCAAUUUGGAAGUGUUAAAAGAGCAUUUUGUAAAUCAUGGUAUAAGAAUUAUACAUGGUUAGAAUACAGUGAGAUAAAAGAUGCAGCUUAUUGUUUUUAUUGUUUUCUAUUUAAGCAACCCGGGAGGGCCGAACACUUUGGUUUUGAAGUCUUCACUAAAAGCGGAUAUAGAGAUUGGAAGCAUGCAUCUCAAGGCUUGAAAGGUCAUGUUGGUAGUCAUAAUAGUUUGCACAACUCAUGUGUCAAGCACUACGAUGAUUAUAAUAAUCAAAGACAAAGUGUGACAAGUAAGUUUGCUAAAGCAACAAAGGAAUCAGAAGAAUUGUAUAAGAUUCGUUUAACUUGUUCUUUAUAUUGUUCAAGAUAUCUCAUAGCACAAGGCAUGGCUAUCCGUGGCCAUGAUGAAUCUUCUACUUCGCUAAAUAAAGGUAAUUUUAGAGAGAUGGUAGAUUGGGUAAAAUCUCAGAAUGAACAAGUGAGGGAUGCUUUUGACCGUGGUGGAAAAAAUUGCACAAUGACUUGCGGUGACAUUCAAAAGGAGCUUGCAACGUGUUGUGCACAUGAAGUUACUAAGGUGAUUAUGGAAGAGCUUGGUGAUAGACAAUUCUCCGUGCUUAUUGACGAGUCACGUGAUAUAUCCGUCAAAGAGCAAAUGGCGGUUAUGUUGAGGUUUUUGAAUGACAAAGGAAAUGUUGCGGAACGAUUUAUUGCUCUACAUCAUGUCAUAGAUACUUCAUCUAAGUCAUUAAAGGAUGCUCUUUAUGGUAUUCUUGAUAAGUACACAUUAUCUAUUUCAAGGAUACGAGGGCAAGGAUAUGAUGGAGCUUCAAAUAUGAGAGGUGAAUUUAAUGGUUUGCAAAGAAAAAUUCUAGAUGAAAACCCUUAUGCUUUCUAUGUCCAUUGUUAUGCUCACCAUUUGCAAUUGGUUGUUGUGUCUGUUACUAGUAGUUGUUCAUCUAUUCAUGAUUUCUUUGAGUACAUCACCUUGAUUGUGAAUACAACAAAUGCAUCUUGUAAGAGGAGGGAUGCUUUGACAGAGGCACAACACCAAGAUAUUUUAAAUAAACUUGAAAGUUGUGAGAUAUCUAGAGGAAGAGGUUUGCACCAAUCAUCUAGUCUCACUAGACCCGGGGAUACUAGAUGGGGUUCACACCAUACUACAUUGCUUCGUUUGGAUCAAAUGUGGUCCUCCGUGUUAAAGGUGCUUAGUAUGGUUGAUGAAGAUGGACGUGGACCAUCUCAAGCAACAGGAUUUUGUGUUGCUAAAAGUAUUCUGGUACCAAAUAUGGAUGAUGAAAUACCGGUCUGGGGUCGUUCAAGAGCAGAAGGGAGGACUAUUACUAAUCUUGAUCAUUACCGUGCAGAGAUUUUUUAUGUUACUAUUGAUAAAAUAUGUGUGGAGAUGGAUCACCGCUUUAGUGAAGGAAGUAAUAUUAUACUCGAUUGCUUUUCAUGUCUUGACCCCAAGAACUCUUUCUCAAAGUUCGAUGUUGAUAAGCUUGCUCGUCUUGCUGAUAUUUAUCAUGUAGACUUUUCUGAUGAAGACCGGGGAACAAUUAGGGAUCAACUGGAAACUUAUGUGCUUCAACUUUGA